AUGGCUUUGCAAAUGACUAGUCAAGAGAACGGUGAGGAAGAUGAAGAUGGAGGUCUUGCUUUGGUGAAUAUGACAGAAAAAGCUUUGCAGAUCCGUGAUAAGGACCUUCAAUCCAUUACCAAGGGAACAGCUAAAUCUGGGGCCGAGUAUUUUGCCGCUCGAUCUUUUCACGGUCUUGACAUUCAUAGCAAAAGUUCCUUACCGGAGCCAAUUUUAGCCGGUAGAACUGGAAGGGCAUCAGGUUAUGAAGAUGAGAAAACCAAGUGGUAA